CAAAGGCACUCGUCCUUCAUAGAGCUGUGCUGCUUGAUCAGGCUUGGCAUUGCCUCACAGACCGUCCUCGGAGUCACUUUCACAAAAGCAAGCUGUUUCUGUUGCAUCCAGACCUGCCUUGAGAACCUCACAGGUUUGGAAAAUGAACCCCACGGAUAUAGCAGACACUACCCUGGAUGACAGCAUCUACAACAACUACUACCUCUUUGAAAGCAUCCCCAAGCCUUGUAACAAAGAAGGAGUCAAGGCCUUCGGGGAGCUCUUCCUGCCCCCUCUUUACUCCUUGGUCUUUCUGUUUGGUCUGCUUGGAAAUUCCGUGGUGGUUCUAGUCCUGUUCAAAUACAAGCGGCUCAAGUCCAUGACUGAUGUGUACCUGCUCAACCUUGCCAUCUCGGAUCUGCUCUUUGUGCUUUCCCUCCCAUUCUGGGGCUACUAUGCUGCAGAUCAGUGGGUUUUUGGUCUGGGUCUAUGCAAGAUUAUUUCCUGGAUGUACUUGGUGGGCUUUUACAGUGGCAUAUUCUUCAUCAUGCUCAUGAGCAUCGACAGAUAUCUGGCAAUCGUGCAUGCAGUGUUUUCCUUGAGAGCGAGAACCCUGACCUAUGGGGUCAUCACCAGUGUGGCUACGUGGUCAGUGGCUGUAUUCGCCUCCCUCCCUGGCCUUUUGUUCAGCACUUGUUAUACCGAGCGCAACCACACUUACUGCAAAACCAAGUACUCUGUCAACUCCACCACGUGGAAGGUUCUCAGCUCCCUGGAGAUCAACAUCUUUGGGUUGGUGAUCCCCUUGGGGAUCAUGCUCUUCUGCUACUCCAUGAUCAUCAGAACCUUGCAGCACUGCAAAAAUGAAAAGAAGAACAAGGCGGUGAAGAUGAUCUUUGCUGUGGUGGUGCUCUUUCUUGGGUUCUGGACUCCUUACAACAUAGUGCUUUUCCUGGAUACCCUGGUGGAGCUAGAAGUCCUUCAGAAUUGCACCUUUGAAAGGUAUCUGGACUACGCCAUCCAGGCCACAGAAACCCUGGCUUUCGUUCACUGUUGCCUUAAUCCAGUCAUCUACUUUUUUCUGGGGGAGAAAUUUCGCAAAUACAUUGUCCAACUCUUCAAAACCUGCAGGGGCCCUUUUAUGCUCUGCCAAUAUUGUGGGCUUCUCCAAAUUUACUCUGCCGACACCCCCAGCUCCUCUUACACACAGUCUACCAUGGAUCAUGAUCUCCGUGAUGCUCUGUAAAAAAAAAAAAAAAAAAAUGCAAAACACAGAGCCAAUAAGCUUCCCACCUUCAGAGCUUACUUAAAAUUGUAUUUUAGUAAGAGUCGCCUGAGAGCAGGUAGCAGGAGGAAGGCCUACAGCCACAGUGGAAAGUGUAGGUCUCACCUUGCAACUUUUCCCUCUUCCCAGUAAGCAAGUUGAGCCCCACGGGGGUUCACCUGGACCAAGUGUUCUUCUUCACAUGAGACCUGCCUCAAGCAGAAGUAAACCUGCAAAUUCUGACCAACAUUUCACUGAGGUUAUGGAUAAUAUUGAAAGAGAACAUUCAUUCCCUCUAACCUCGACUGAUGGGGUUCUCCAGAAGGAGCUGCAGACUGAUGGGGUAAACAGCUAUUCCCUCCUGUGGAAAAUGUGCCUCUGAUUAAUUUCUAGCUUUUAUGGAACAACAAAGAAGGUUUUGAUAUGCUAUCGUAGUGUUUUUCUAGUAACAGAUCUGUAGCAUGGUAUGUUCCAUGAAGUCAGGUGGAUCACAGAAACAAUUAGUGGAUCUUGAUACUUUGACUGUAAAGGAUAAUUUGUUCAUCAAAGGCCGAACUUUCUCUGCCAAUUAACAAAUGUAAAGAUUUGAAGGCAUUAGCAUGGUCUGAUUUCUAAACUUGAAACACAAGGCCAACAUAUUUGUUCAAAUUCAAUUUGCCUUGGACAUGUUUUAAUUAUACCAUGAAUAUUCAAGAUGUUUAAAUUAGGGAUUUGGAGGCAUAACUCAGUGGUAGAGUGGUUGCCUAGCAUGUGUGAGGCCCUGAGUUCUAUCACCGGCUCUGAAAAAAUAACAUUCAUCUAGAUCUUUUACUUGUUUACAAACAUGUUCUUCAAAGUUUAAGGAAGUACUGUCUUAUUUCAGUAAUCUACCUUAAGUGCAAAUAGUUGAGGUAAGAAAAAUCAAAAGCUAUUGCUGAUGUGGUGUAUGAAAGAAGUUUUGUUUUUUUUUUUAAUUUUUAAAAAUAUUUAUGUGUUAGUUUUCGGGAGACACAACAUCUUUGUUUGUAUGUGGUGUUGAUAUUGAACCCAGGCCGCACGCAUGCCAGGCGAGCGCACUACCGCUUGAGCCACAUCCCCAGCCCUGAAAGAAGUUUUUAACCCCAGUAUUGCACUGAUCUUUAAAUUUUGGAUGGCUCAGAAGUUUUUUUUUUUUUUUUUAAUAGUGGUGCCGGGGAUUGAACCCAGGGCCUUGUGCAUGCAAGGCAAGCACUCUACCAACUAAGCUACAUCCCCAGUCAUUUCUUAUAAGUUAUUUCAAUCAUGUAUAACUUAUACCAAUAAAAUAAAUUGCAAUAGUGUCCUUAUUCAUAGCCUUAAUCAGAAUUAAAGACUCAACGUCUAGGAGACCACCAAUCCCUCCAGAAACAUCCAAUCUUUUAAGCUAUUAUCUGACUUAAAAUGCUUAUGUAAUGUGUAACGUUACAUUUAAAAAUAAUGCAUCUCCAGGAAACCGAUUUUCACUCUGGAUUCCUGCCCACCCCUUGGUACUGGGGAUGAACUAUGGGGUAUGGGGGUAGGAGAUGCUCCACCCCUGAGCCACAUCCCCAGCCCCUUUUUAAAUUUUGAGAUGGGGUCACACUAAGUUGCUUAGGGCCUCACAAAUUUGCUGAGGCUGACUUUGAACUUGCCAUCCUCUUGCCUCAGUCUCCCAAGUUGCUGGAAUUACAGGUAUGCCACAGCCUGCCAGGCCAGAAAAUUUUAUUUUCAGAAAAGUGGUUUUAAGAUUGAAGGUUGUUGUUUUUUUUUUUUUUGCCUUCAUUGGAAAUAAACAUAUAUAUAUAUAUAUAUAUAUUACUCCACUGAGCCUAUUUUCUGGACCAUGUUUGACCUGAUGUGGACAAAAAUCAGCUGCUGAUCUGCCCCCCUGCUUUGUCACAUGUUGCAGAUGUCAUGGACUCACUGAGAGGGGCGAUUAAAGGGUUCACUGUUACCAUCUCAGUUUGGGUAGGGAGAGGAGUCCUGUCACGUUGUAGUGCACUUGGAGACAAGAACAGGUAAGAAGUUAGGGGUGGGCCAACUUCCUGGCAGGGUUUCCUUGGAACAACCUCAGUGUGGGAUGCUAGGAUCUGCCAAAUCCUAACUCUGCAUUCCUUUGUGAGCCUGAGCAUGUGACUCUCCUCCCUUAGCCUUGGCUUCUUCAUCUUUAAAAUGGGAUAUAUUUUAGAUUCAGAGAGAAAUAAGAUAUUUAGCACAAAGCAUCUGUGCUACCCAGGCCACGGAAAGAGGGUUUGGGAUCUGCUCCCCUGGAGCCUGCCCCUCCCUUCCUGACAGAGCUUGUAAGUUUGUUCAUUUAAUCACAGUGGCGCAACUUAAGGCACCAGAUGAGAAAGACUGACAGAAGGGGUUUACUGUUCCUUCCCCGCCACAUACAAUAUUAAGCAAUGAUGAGGUGUGGUCUGCAUGGCUCUGAACUAUCCUUGUUUGAAAGUUGGAGGAUGUUCCCUGAGGAUAGGAAUUUGGAACUUCAAAGUGACAUCCAGAUAUAACCCUCAGAACACCAAAAAGUAACUUCCCAUCCAGUAACAGAGCUAUCAAAAGUAAGCCUCCACAUUUCUGCACAAAGGUGGGUUUCACUAAAUCUUCAGACAUCGGGCCCCUCCCUUCCUUGAUGUGUCAUGCACAGAUCAAGAGCAAUAGAAAUGGGUUUUCUUGUGAAGUCAUGUAAAACAUUCUGAAACUGGACAGAGGUGAUGAUUACUCAACAUUGUGAAUGUACUAAAUGCCACUGAAUUGUAUAUAUUAAAAUGUUAAUUUUAUUAUUAUUUUUUUUUAAUCUCAAUAAAAAACCAAAAUUGUUA